UCAUUUAUCAACAUUCCCAUUCACGACAACUUAUAUCGAUUGGAGUUUACGCGAGUCGCAAACGGCGGGCAAUUCAAUUGGCUUUGUAAUCGUUCUGGAAACUUAUAAUUUUGAGUGUCCGGAUCCGCGGGCACGCGAUUACAGUCGGAUCACGAGAGGUAAAGCAAAAAGAUGAAAUUCGCCGAGCAUUUGGCCGCUCACAUCACACCCGAGUGGAGAAAACAAUACAUCAGUUAUGAAGAGAUGAAGGAAAUGUUGUACGCUGCUAUCGAACAGGUGCCAGCGCCCGAACAAGUGGACCCUGAUUCGCUUUCACGAUAUUAUGCCAAAUUUGAUGAAAAAUUUUUCAGUUUUUGUGACAAAGAACUGGCUAAAAUCAACACGUUCUAUUCAGAAAAAUUGGCAGAAGCAACCAGAAAAUUUGCCAACCUCCAGAGUGACCUGAGAGAGGCUCAAGAUGACAAAAUCAAACCUAAAGACGCUAGCGGUAAUUUGAAGCCGGUAAAACGAAAAAUUCUUCGAAAAAACACCACGACGCGUAAGACUCAAGAACUGAAGUUAGCUUUCAGUGAAUUCUAUCUGAGUUUGAUUCUACUGCAGAACUACCAAAAUUUAAAUUACACCGGCUUCCGGAAGAUUAUGAAAAAACACGACAAGUUACUGGGUUCGGAAGGCGGUUCCGGAGGUCGGUGGAGAUCGGAAGUAGUGGAAAACGCCCAUUUCUACUGCAACAAAGACAUCGACCGGUUGAUAAGCGAAACCGAGGCUACCGUAACACAGGGUCUGGAAGGAGGAGACCGACAAAGGGCCAUGAAGAGACUGCGAGUGCCACCACUCGGCGAACAGCAAUCACCUUGGAUCACGUUCAAGGUCGGCCUAUUUUCCGGCGCUUUUGUCGUCAUGCUGCUCGCGGUUGUCAUCACCGGCAUCGCUCAUAGUAACGAGAACACGGACUGGCGGGUCAUGGUCAGACUCUACCGGGGCCCGCUGCUGCUGGUCAUAUUCCUAUUUCUGAUGGGCAUAAACGUUUACUGCUGGCGUUCGUCGGGCGUCAACCACGUGCUCAUCUUCGAGUUAGACCCAAGAAAUCAUCUUACCGAGCAGCACAUUAUGGAGUUAGCUACCGUCUUCGGUCUGGUGUGGGCCGGCUCGGCGCUGAUAUUCCUGUAUAGCGAGGCGCUACACAUACCACCGUACAUAAAUCCGCUGAUCCUGGCUGUGCUCAUGAUUGCGUUCCUGUUCAAUCCCACCAAGACAUUACGGCAUGAUGCCCGUUUCUGGGUGCUGCGUGUGGCGGUACGCAUACUGUUCGCUCCGUUCUUCUACGUGGGUUUCGCGGACUUUUGGCUGGCCGAUCAAUUGACUAGCUUGGUGCCUGCGUUGCUAGACUUUCAGUACCUCGUGUGUUUCUAUUUGACCAACGACAAAUGGAUGUCAAAUAAAACAAUCGAUAUAGACGGCAGCAAGUGCGUGGAACGUGUGUGGCUAUUGCGGCCAUUCGUCGCGUGUCUUCCUGCAUGGUUUCGAUUCAUGCAGUGCCUGAGACGGUAUCGGGAUUCACGGGAAGCGUUUCCUCACCUGGCAAACGCUGCCAAGUACGCAACUACCUUCUUCGUGAUAACAUUCUCAUUUUUAAACCUCCAAUACGCAAAGAAUAACCCCAAAGAAGACUCAAGUGUUUUCUUCUACCUGUGGAUAUCAGCAUCCAUAUUUAGUUCCCUAUAUUCUUAUAUUUGGGAUAUCAAAAUGGAUUGGGGACUUUUUGAUCGGAACGCCGGUGAGAAUAGAUUCCUCCGUGAAGAAAUCGUAUACUCGUCAACGGCAUUUUACUACAUCGCGAUAGUCGAAGAUUUUGUCUUACGUUUCGGUUGGGCGCUGUCAAUGUCUCUAACCGAAAUGGGCUAUGUUCAUGGUGACUUAAUGGUAUCCAUUUUGUCGCCUCUUGAAGUAAUGAGAAGAUUCGUCUGGAAUUUUUUCCGACUAGAAAACGAACACCUGAACAACUGCGGCCGGUUCCGGGCCGUUAGGGAUAUUUCGGUAGCACCCAUCGACAGCUCCGAUCAAACUCACAUAUUGCGGCUAAUGGACGAACCGCUGACACCACACGAUCUGAACAGAAACCGGAGAAACAAGAUGACCGGUGGUGGUGGUAUCGGCAAAAAGAUACCGAACCUCACGUUCCAGCCCAGUCGGUCGGUUGACGAACAGGCUUCACUCAUCUUGGCUAGCUUGGGCACACGCUGAACUGCCCGAACCAACGAUACGACUUAGCGCCACCCUCCCAGAAACAACAUUUUAGAAAAAAAACAUAGGUCGUGUACUCUGUAUUAAUUAUGACGUUCUAUUAUUAUCGAUCCAAAUGAUCUAUAAAGAACAGAUUUAUCGAAGUG